AAAGCGGGGGUGGUGGGAUGUAUGAAGUGAGACAAAUAUCAAAUGGGAAAAAUGGAGUGUGUGGUAUCUAGUGUUGUGGCGGUGCUGCUGCUGCUGCUGCUGCAGACGGUGUCAAUGACUCAUGCUGCUUCAACUCAUUCAUCUACUGAUCACUCACAGGUUGUGGCUGAGGCUGACGCUCUGCGCAACUCCGGUUGGUGGGUAUGGAGCCACCCAGCUACCUCUAACCAUUGCAGUUGGUUGGGCAUAACUUGUAAUGAGGCCAAACAUGUCACUGGGAUAAGCUUACAAAGUUAUCAAGUACCCGUAGGUGAGCUUAGUAAAUUAAAUCUUUCUUCACUUCCCAGCCUUGAUUUUCUCGUCCUUUCUGGAAGUGGAGUCACUGGAAGCAUCUCAGACCAAAUAGGUAUUCUUACUAAUCUCACCUACCUUGAUCUCUCCCACAAUCAACUCACUGGCUACAUCCCACACCAAAUAGGUAGUCUUACAGAACUUACCUACCUUGACCUCUCUUGGAAUGUACUCACUGGUGUCAUCCCUUCAUCUUUAAGCCAUCUUACUAAACUCACCCAUCUUGAUAUUUCUUAUAAUCAACUCAAUGGUAGCAUCCCACACCAAAUAGGCACUCUUACAGAACUCACCGGCCUUGACCUCUCUUGGAAUGAACUCACUAGUGCCAUCCCUUCCUCUUUAGACCGUCUCACUAAGUUGACUUCUUUGAACCUUUGUAGGAAUCAAAUCAAAGGAUCAAUCCCUCCAGAAAUUGGAAAUAUUGAGGAUCUAGUCUCUUUGAACCUCUCUAGUAAUUUAAUCAGUGGAGAGAUACCUUCCAAGCUCAAAAAUUUGAAGAGAUUAAAGAACUUAAAUCUCUCGUAUAAUAGACUAUCGGGCAACGUCCCGCCCUUUAUCACAAACAAUUGCUACAGGACGACAACUGAUUUAUCCUACAAUGAUGAUUUGGAGAGUUAUACACCUUUCUUUUGCAAUGGAGGAAAAGUUCCAACCGGAGGCAAACCCGCAAUUGAUCCAUUCCAGCUCACCAUUAUCACCUUUUCGCUCUUAACCUUAAUACUGGGGUUUGCUUUGGGCCUUUGGUGGAAGAAAAGACAAGUUCAGCCAGAUUCAAAGGUAGCCAAAAAAAAUGGAGAUCUGUUUUCCAUAUGGGACUAUGAUGGGAGGAUUGCUUUUGAAGACAUCAUCUCGGCAACAGAGGAUUUUGAUAUCAGAUAUUGCAUAGGUGUUGGAGGCUAUGGCAGUGUUUAUAGAGCACAACUGCCCAGUGGAAAAGUGGUUGCUGUGAAGAAACUUCAUCGAUCAGAAAUAGACGAGCCGGCAUACUUGAGAAGUUUUAAGAAUGAGGUGCGGAUGUUAGAACAAAUACGACAUCGAAACAUUGUCAAACUUCAUGGUUACUGUCUACAUAAUAGGUGCAUGUUUCUCAUUUAUAUGUACAUGGGAAGGGGAAGUUUGUAUUGUAUGCUGAGCGAUGCGGUUGAGGCUGUUGAAUUGGAUUGGGUCAAGAGGGUGAAUAUUGUUAAAAAUAUGGCCCAUGCCUUGUCCUACAUGCAUCAUGAUUGUACCCCAUCAAUCAUUCAUCGCGACAUAUCAAGCAGUAACAUCCUUUUAGAUUCAAAACUUGAGGGUUUUGUAUCAGAUUUUGGUACAGCGAGAUUAUUAGACCCCGAUUCAUCUAAUCAAACCCUUGUUGCUGGCACCUAUGGCUACAUUGCACCCGAGCUUGCCUACACAAUGGUUGUGACCGAAAAAUGUGAUGUGUAUAGCUUUGGGGUGGUGGCACUAGAGACAAUGAUAGGAAAGCAUCCUGGAGAACUAAUCACCUCAUUAUUAUCGUCAUUAUGCCAAGAUAUAAUGUUGAGGGAUGUAUUAGAUUCACGUGUUUCACUUCCUGAAGAUCUACAAGUUGCUAAAGAUGUAGUUUUCGUGGUCCUUUUAGCUCUCAAAUGCAUCCAUUCAAAUCCGCAAUCUCGUCCAACAAUGCAACAAAUAUCCUAUAAACUUCUUGGUAACAUACCAUUUCCUAAGUCGCCCUUUUAUGCAAUUUCCCUCCAUGAAUUGAAGAAUCAAGAAAUGUAAUUUAACAACUUGUAUAUAUGUUAUAUAAAGCUAGUUCUUUUUGUUUUCAUAUUACCAAUGUGUGCUUGUUAUUUUGUUGUUGUCAACUUCUCAUUGUAUUUGGAGGCUACAAUAAAGAUGGAGAUUAUCAU